AACUGCAGCCAACUUCCGAGGCGGUCUCAUUGCCCAGCCAGACCCCAGCCUCUGACAGGUUCGGGGCUGCCAUUCUCGCCCGGUCCUCCUGUAGGCCCCCGCCCCCCCACACACGCAGCACACCCCAACCCUCCCGCUCUAUUCGCUCACUAUCGGUUGGUUCAGUUACACCCGCGCCACCGCUGCAACACCAUGGAUAAGUUUUGGUGGCGCGCAGCCUGGGGACUGUUCCUCGUGCAGCUAAGCCUGUGCCAGUCACAGAUCGAUCUGAAUGUAACCUGCCGGUACGCAGGUGUAUUCCACGUGGAGAAAAAUGGUCGAUACAGCAUCUCUCGGACAGAAGCUCCUGAUCUCUGCCGGGCUUUCAACAGCACAUUGCCCACCAUGGACCAGAUGCAGAAAGCCCUGGAAACUGGGUUUGAGACCUGCAGGUAUGGGUUCAUAGAUGGACACGUGGUGAUCCCCCGGAUCCACCCCAACUCCAUCUGUGCUGCAAACAAAACAGGAGUGUACAUCCUCCCAUCCAACACCUCCCAGUAUGACACGUAUUGCUUCAAUGCUUCAGCUCCACUUGAAGAAGACUGCACAUCAGUCACGGACCUGCCCAAUUCCUUUGAAGGACAAGUUACCAUAAAUAUUGUAAACCGUGAUGGCACCCGCUACACCAAGAAAGGAGAGUAUAGAACUAAUCCAAAUGACAUCAACCCCAGCAGUGCUCCUGAAGAGGACAUGAGCAGUGGCUCCCCCAGUGAAAGAAGCACUUCCGUAGGCUACAGCAUCUUCCAUACCCUCCUGCCAACUGCAUACCCAACAUCAGAACAAGACUACUCAGAGAAAUCCCCUACCACCAGUACGGAUUCAAAUAUCAUCUCAGCAGGCUGGCAGCCAACUGAAGAAAAUGAAGAUGAAAGAGACAAACACCCCAGUUAUUCUGGAUCAGGCAUUGAUGAUGAUGAAGAUUUUGUCUCCAGCACCAUUUCAACCACACAACGAGUUUCUAAACAGCCAGAAAAAAACCCGGAUUGGAUGCAGGGGAGCCCAAGCUAUUCAAAUCCAGAAGAACCACUUCAGACAACUACAAGGAUGAAUGAUGUGGACAGAAGUGGCAUCAGUACUUCUGGAAAAAACUGGACCCAGGAAGCACAUCCACCUCUCAUUCACCAUGAACAUCAUGAGGAAGAGGAGACUCAGCAUUCUGCAAGCACAACCCAGGCAACCCCUAGUAGUACAUCAGAAGAAACCACCACUCAGAAAGAACAGAGUUUGUGGGAUGGAUGGCUUGGUUUAUAUCCCCAAACACCAAAAGAAGACUCUCAUUCAACUUCAGAGACAGCUGUCACAACAGCCUCAGCUCAUGAAAGCCAUCCAAAUCAAAGAAUGACAACGCAGAGUCAAGAUGACAGUUUCUGGACUGAUUUCUUCGAUCCAAUCUCACACCCAAUGGGAAGAGGUCAUCAAACAGAAGGAAGCAUGGAUGUGGAUUCCAGUCAUAGUACAAUGCUUCAGCCUUCUACAGAUCCAAACACAGGUUUGGUGGAAGACUUGGACAGGACAGAACCUCUUUCAACCACAACCCAGCAGACUCAUACUCAGAGCUUCUCUACAUCAUAUACUGGCUUGGAAGAAAAUGAAGACCAGCAAAUGAAUUCUACUCCAACACCUAGCAAUAGGAAUGAUGGCAGAAGUGGAAGAAAAGGUGGGAAUCAUCCUGAGGACUCAACUACUUCAGUGGAAGGUUAUACUUCCCAUUCCCCAGACACAGUGGAAAACAGGACCCUUACCUCAGAGACUCCUGAUAAGACUGGGUCCCCUGCAGUUACUGAAGUAAUUGUUGGUAAUGACGACAUUAAUGUUGAUCGUUCUCAAGCAGAAGACCACUACACAGUUGAUGACAGUGACCAUUACCAUCCCACCGACAGAUCUGGACCAGAUGGACACUCAAGUGGGAGUCAAGAAGGUGGUGCAAACACAACCUCUAGACCUAUCAGGAAGUCCCAGAUUCCAGAAUGGCUGAUCAUCUUGGCAUCCCUCUUGGCUCUGGCUUUGAUUCUCGCAGUUUGCAUUGCUGUUAACAGCCGGAGAAGGUGUGGUCAGAAGAAAAAGCUGGUGAUCAACAGUGGCAAUGGAGCUGUAGAGGACAGAAAGCCCAGUGGACUCAACGGAGAGGCCAGCAAAUCUCAGGAGAUGGUGCACUUGGUGAACAAGGAGCCAUCAGAGACCCCAGACCAGUUUAUGACAACUGAUGAAACACAGAAUCUGCAGAAUGUGGACGUGAAGAUUGGGGUUUAGCACUUGCACUAUGACCUUGGAAAGCAGCAACAGUGGGAGAUAAAACCAUUACAGGGAACUGGAACACUUCACAGAUGCAAUGUGCUACUGAUUGUUGGGGGGAUUUAUUUUAGCAUAAAUUUUUCUACUCUUUUUGUGUGUGUUUCACUUUAAAAUUCAGGUCCACUUUAUAAAAACAGCAUUGCUUUCUGAAACGAAGGCCCAAUAAAUAAUUGGCAAGAAUUUGAACGUUCCAGUUCCCACCUGGAAGCCUUUCACCUCCCGGGGUAUGCUGUGAAUGGCUUCUAACAAAGUCACUGAUAUAGCCCCAUUCCUGAUCCCCAUCCCUACUUUUCCUCUGUCCUAACUCCCAGGUAACAGCCACUUGCUAAGGACAUUCCCCAGGGCUAAGAGCAGCUGGUCCCUGGGAGGAAAUCUGAAAGGGUCCAUAUUACCCCUCCAGCAGCCCAGCGCCUGGGCAUUGUUUUCUAGGUGUGUAGGGGGUUGGGGUGUACUGGUUACAUAUCCCCUUCUACAGGUCCCUGGAAAUUUUUCAGAUGCUUCUGGGAGACACUCAAAGGGUGAAGCUAUUUAUCUGUAGUAAGCUAUUUAUCUGUGUUUUUGAAAUAUUAAACCCUGGAGGUCCUUUGAUCAGUAAGAUUUUUUUUUUUUGUAACUUUGUCAGAGGCAUAGAAGGGUUUAAGCUGAUUCAUAAUAAACAUCUGUACUUCUUCCACCUUAA